AUGAAGAUGAAGUUUUACCUGCUCUUUUUUACCCUAUUUAUCUGGAUUCAAGAGAAGCAUGUCUUCACUCUUCCAAGGGAUGAAGUUUUGUGGGCUCUUCCACAAACAGACACACAGGUUGAAGCCCUUCAGGAUUUACUGAACACCACUGAGGUUAUUCUCUGGCAACCUGUUGUGGUUGAAAACAUCAAGAAGGACAGAGAAGUCCAUUUCUAUGUCAGGGCAUCUGGCAUAAGUAGCAUAAGAGCUCAGUUAAGGCAACUGACCAUCCAAUACAAAGUCUUGAUGGGAGAUGCUCAAGGACUUAUUGAAAAACAGACUAUCAAUGACACAAUCAACCCGCGUAGAUCUUCAUCAUAUUAUGAAAACUACCAUUCAAUGAAAGAAAUAUAUCACUGGAUGGAAGAAACAGUGAAAGUCCAUUCUGACCUCCUCCAGAAAAUAUAUAUUGGAUCAUCAUAUGAAAAACGACCACUUUAUAUUCUGAAG